GGAGGGCGGGCCGUGGGCGGAACUUCCGGCGCUGUUCAGUCAGCCGCCUUCUCCGGGCGUCUCCCCGCAACCCUUCUCAACUUGUCUCGUCCGUGACGCCGCGCCGGGAAGAGAUCUGAGGGGACAGGACUCGAGGAGCGUGAGCUGCUGUUAAAAGAAGAUGGAUGCACAGAGCUCAGCCAGAGUCAACUCAAGGAAGAGGAGAAAAGAGGGCCUGGGACCGAAUGGGGCGACGGAGAAAGACGGGAUUCCCUCCAAAGUGCAGCGCUGUGCAGUGGGCUUACAGGAGCCAGCUCCUUUUUCUGAUGAAGUCGAAGUUGACUUUAUUAAGCCCUAUGUCAGGGUAACUCUGGAAGAAGCCUGCAGAGGAACUUCUUAUGAGCGGCCUGUGCGAGUUUAUGCAGACGGAAUAUUUGACUUGUUUCACUCUGGUCAUGCCCGGGCGCUGAUGCAAGCGAAGAACCUCUUCCCUAAUACAUACCUCAUUGUGGGAGUCUGCAGCGAUGAGCUAACACACAACUUCAAAGGCUUCACAGUGAUGAACGAGAACGAGCGCUAUGAUGCGGUGCAGCACUGCCGCUACGUGGACGAGGUGGUGAGGAACGCGCCCUGGACCCUGACCCCCGAGUUCCUGGCAGAGCACCGGAUUGAUUUCGUAGCCCAUGAUGACAUCCCUUACUCUUCUGCUGGGAGCGACGAUGUCUAUAAGCACAUCAAGGAGGCAGGCAUGUUCGCGCCAACACAGAGGACAGAAGGCAUCUCCACGUCAGACAUCAUCACUCGGAUUGUCCGUGACUACGAUGUGUACGCCAGACGCAACCUGCAGCGGGGCUACACGGCCAAGGAGCUCAACGUCAGCUUCAUCAAUGAGAAGAAAUAUCACCUACAGGAGCGGGUUGACAAAGUAAAGAAAAAAGUAAAAGAUGUGGAGGAAAAGUCCAAAGAAUUUGUUCAGAAGGUGGAGGAAAAAAGCAUUGACCUCAUCCAGAAAUGGGAAGAGAAAUCCCGAGAAUUCAUUGGCAAUUUCCUGGAAAUGUUCGGUCCAGAAGGAGCACUGAAACACAUGCUGAAAGAGGGAAAAGGCCGGAUGCUGCAGGCCAUCAGCCCCAAGCAGAGCCCCAGCAGCAGCCCGACGCGGGAGCGCUCCCCCUCCCCCUCCUUCCGCUGGCCCUUCUCCGGCAAGACGUCCCCGCCGCCCUCCCCAGCCGGUCUCUCUAGGCGCAAGGCCAUGGCCUACGACAUCAGUGAGGAUGAGGAAGACUAACUUUCAUCCCUUUCCUCUCCCUCCCUCUGUCCUGUCACCUUCAGAAGCUCUCUGUCAGUUCCACAUUGUGACCCUAACACUAAGGCUAAGGACAGCUACAAAGGAAAGAACUGGGGGGCAAGAGGACCUGAGAAUGGGGAGCCAAGCAGCCCACCCUUGAGAGACAUCUGUCACCACACCAAGGAGGCCGGCUGCACCUUAGAAGCCUGGCUGCAUCCACCCACCCCUGCCCCAAGGACUUUGCUUUACUGUUUCUGUUCAUGUGAUCUUGACAGGGAAAUUGUCAUUUUUGUUAAUUUUUUAAAAAUAGUCUUUCAAAUAUAGUAAGUAGGACUAAUUUUCUGCCCCUGAGGAAUGGGCAGAAGAAGGAGGCGGUGUAAUACCCAGCGGCCUUUUCUUCCUGAUACACUGUAAUGUCUGCCUUCUGUCCUGAAGCAAAGUGGCUUGCCAAGUCCUUGCAGCCGUGAGCCAUGCUGAUGGGCAAUUUAGGGGAAUGGCGUAAUCUCCGUGUCCUUAAAAACAAGCUAAGAGUGACUCGCACAAGUCCCCUGGCUAUGCCGCUGGUGCAUGCUGGCGCAUGUCAGCGUGGCUGUGAGAAGAGGAUCUGAGCCUAACUUUUCUUACUCCCUGAGGAGUUUCUUGUUGACCCAGUGGGGUCCAUGAAGAUACUGAUGGGAACAGAACCAGACCACACGGCACCAGCUGCAGGUUCUCUCCUGUGUUCGUCUUCUCAGAACAUUCUGUUGGCCAGUUAUGUGGGAGCUCUUGUCAGUCUCUCUCCUGCUACCUGCCCUUAAAGGAAGGGACACUGUGAGGGUUAUGGUGACUGAGAGGGGAGUAGGACAGAAUUAAUCCUGCACAGUCAGUUUAGAUUCAUCUGCGAGUCCGGCUCUGGCCCUGCCACUGUUAGCCUCUCUGACAGAAUGUCCACAGUGUGAACUUAGUUUCUUCAUUUCUGUUGCUCUUAGACACCGAGUACUGAGUACAGAUUGGCAUGGGACGUGGAGCCAAAGCAUGAAGAACUUUCCUUUCUAAAACCGCAGCCUUAUACUGCCCUCUGCCCCCUUAACAUUCUUGAUGAGAACCAGGGUGGAGUAUUUCUUUCCCUCUGAGGGCUGCACGGCAGGGACUUCUGGCGUGGGUUCCCGUGAAAAGCACUUGGCAGGUUUUUCCCUCUCCCACCUGUGCCUGGUGGGCCCCUCCCUGCUCAGGGUGCCCUCUGGGAAUUGUACAUUUGAAUUUCAAAUCAAAGAAUGCUGAUGCUUGGCACUUGCUGUUGAACACACUGAUUUCAAAUCCCUUAGCAUCCUAUCACCUCAGCCAUGUGACCUGGCAGAUUGUCACCCAUCCGAAAUCCUGUAGCUGGAGUGGGGGAAAGCGUUCAUGUCCAAGCUGCCCCCUGUCACUCAUAAAUACCCCUUGUGGGGGUAAGUUUUCAGCAAAGAAAACCACAUUUUCCCUUUUGUAGCCCCUGCACCAUGACAGUAUAGUCCCCUCCAUGACACUUCCUGGUCAAGGCUGCUCUUCUGCCUUCAUAGCAUGACUACGUAGGCUUAACUCAAAUGGCCCAGGCAGGUGGCAGCCAGCAGGGCAGAGGGAUAGAGGACGGACCUCUUGCCCUGUUGGCCCAUGGAACUACAUGUCUAACUCCUCUCCUGGAGCGCACUUCGUACUAUCCAGUCUGGUUGUACGAGCUUCGGCCUGGACCCCGUCUUUGACGGUAGAAGUUAACGUCUUCCUACGUACACAGCUUUAUAUCAGCUCAUGUUCUAACUUUUCUGCUCAGGUGUUCCCUCUUGGGAAUGCUGCCCGUUUGUCUCUGCCUUACUCUUCCUGGGAUGGAGAGGCCCUGAGGUCGCUGUUGAAACCCACUGCUUGUUCUGGGGGUGCCCAUGCCACCUGAGUGCACCAGAACAGGGAGCGGCCCGGAACCGUGCGGGCUUCCUCACUUGCCCUGGUGCUCUGGUGUGUUGCUUGGCCCUGCUUGUCUCGCUUUCCUCCCUCAGUUGCUCUUGGGCAGGCCCUGGGCUUGGCGUGGGGCCUCUAGGCUACACGUACGUGUAUGACGGCUGGGGUUGGCCCAUGCACGUGUCCCUAGGGGGCUCCCUGCCCUUGGGAUGCCUUGGCCUCCCAACAUGGUGUAUUCUCAGAUUAGCCUGUGCUGAAAUCAGAAACUCACAGUGUGGUAGGACAGAUCCUUCAGGGGAGUUCGUGAUCCUAGGUGGUGGACAAAGGUGCUGUGGGAAUGAUGCCCACCCUGAGGGCCACCUGUACUCAGUUAAGUGAGGCUAGAGUUUGUCCCAUGUGGACGUUUGAGGCUGGCAGUGCUCCCUGAAUCCCACACAAGGAAGCUGCUUGGCCUCCAAACCUCGGGCUGCAGGACAGGGGGAGCCUUGGCACUGAGGAGGGAUUGACUCAGCAGCGACCUUUUCAUACCCUAUGUGGAGGAGCACUGAAGACUAGAGACUGAAACUAGAAAAUGGACUGCUCGCUCUGCUGCCUUGCUUCUGAUAGCUAAAGCCAAAGACCCUUACUCUGCAAAAGCAUGGGGAGAAGGUUGAGGAAGUAAGGAGGCUGAAAAUCCUAAAGGCAGCUGGGCAUGGUGGCACUCACCUGUAAUUCCAACCCAGGGGAGACUGAGGCAGGAGGAUCACUGUGAGUUUGAGGUCAGCCUCAACUACAUAGUGAGAUCCUGUCUCAGAAAGCCAAAAAAAAAAAAAAGCUGCAGGAGAAAAAAUGUGAAGGAGAUAGAGUAACUUGAUUCUUUCUGAUCGCUGAUGAUUUAGCAACACCUGAGUGAUGGUGGCCAGGCAGCUGGUCAGGCAGCACUAGGCUGUCCCCAGUGCUUUGCCACUCUGUUUCUGGGUUAUCGUCACUCUUGUGGGCAGCUUCCUCCCUAGGGCUUGUUGCCUUCUUCAUCCUGUUCCACAUCCCUUGUCUAAAAGCUUUCCAAAUCAAUUACAUUUUACUGCUUUCCUUUCAUUCCCUAAAAGCCAUAGCUUCUCGAUCUUCUGUCAUCAUAUAUUCACCAGAAGUUGAACCAAUACAGGGAAAGACAAUUUUUUUUUAAAAGCUCCCUUAACAGUGUUUUACAAACUAGUGGCAUUUUUAAGGCUUACCAAUAUAAGUAUUUUUAGAGCUUAUAUUUUUGGCUGUUGUUUUCUCUCAUAGAUUGUUAUGGGGUAAAGAGUUAUCCCUAGCCUCUAUUUUUCCAAAUAAAUAAGUAGAACAUGUUCUUGGGAGUUACACCAUUAAACAUUAAUUGUCUUAAAAAGAAGAUUUUCUCUCUGCCAAAGUAUUGUGUUAGUACUCAGACUGGGGAUUAAACAUUCAGACGACUUGGUGCAGGUCCCUUUAGGUUGAAGCGGGUCUUCCACCCUGGUUUUUGGGAGGUGCUGACUGUUUUAAACACCAAGAUGGCUUGAUUGGGUGUUUCGUGUGGAGGAUCCUGCCUGCAAAGAAGACAGCAUUGGAAAGAGCUGCAGCCUUGGCACAGUGCCUGCCUACCACCAGGACAGGGCCGAAGGAAGUUUGCCUCAGGUGGGUUCAAUAAAGCAUCUUUCCCAUCUGUGGUUCAUUUGUUGAGUUAUUUUGGCCAAAUAAAGGCAAUGUGGUUUUACCUAGAA